CAUUGGAAGCCAAAGAUCACUUCCACCUAGAUAGUUCCCCCUGCCGCUUGCGUCAAAACUGUUUCUCAUAUACCGGCACGUCAAACUGGAUAUUUAAUGUAUACAUCAAGGACAGCUACAUCUGACUGCAACCAAACAUUCAAUGAUGGACGAAUUCGAAGAUGGUGAUGCACCUCCUGCUGGAGAUCUAGCGCAGUGCAACACUUGUAAAAGAAUGUUCUUCCCUAAAGUCCUGGAUAAGCAUUCUAAAAUCUGUCAAAAGUCAGCGGCUAAAAGGAGGAAGACUUUUGACUCCAGCAGGCAAAGAGCGCAAGGAACAGACAUCCCCACCCUCAAACCCCUCAAACCAAAGGCAGAGCCCCCUAAGAAGCCAUCCAACUGGCGCAAGAAGCAUGAAGACUUCAUCGCAACAAUUCGUAAAAGCAGAGGCAAAAAAGAUGCCAAUGCAGACGAAACAACUUCGUUCAAAGAUGCGCCUUCUCUACAUAAUGAAGAUCUUGAACAGUGUCCUCAUUGCCAGCGGACGUUCAUCAAAAGUUCAGCUGAAAGACACAUAGCGUUCUGCAAGGAGCAGGCUGCUCGAUUGGCCAUCAAGAAACCUCCUACACGUACACAGUAUAAGUCUCCAGUUGUCAAGAAGGCCAACUCUACAGCGUCAGCCAUUCCAAUGGCCUCCACACGCCCACCACCUCAGAGAUCAGGCCUUGGCCAGACAACUGGAGUGUCUCUAAGUCAGGCUUCGUCUGCAGCUUCAAAGAGGACAAACACUACUGGGCUCACAAGUCCUGGUUCUGGUGUGGGAAUGAAAAACCGAGCAGUGGGUUCCGGAUAUGGUUCUUUGAGGAACCCAGCGGCUGUAAGAGGACCGCUCAACAAGAACAAACAAGAAAACUCUUGCAUAACGAGAGAUGGUGUCGAUGGUGGGGACAAUGUUGGCAAUGGCAAACUAGAGAGCAAGUUUUGUCACUCCUGUGGGACCAGGUACCCCAUAGAAUCUGCGAAAUUCUGCUGCGAGUGCGGCAUCAGGAGAAUGUGUAUCUGACCAAGAAAGACUACAUUUGACGUCAACUCGGUUUGUUUUCACCUGUCCAUUUGAAACCCACAAGUUUGUGUUGGCAAUUAACAAAAUUGUAUUUGUAGCUUUUAAUGGAGCCUCAUUAUAUCAAGAGAAACUCCAUGGUACACAAAUACUGAGCAAACCACCCCCUUUAAGAAAGUCCUGUUUACAAAGUCUUCCAUGAGAGAACUGUUCCCCUACUAUGAUAAUUUAAACCUCAUAUAGCCUUAUAAAACUAGUUCUGUUAGUGGAUUGCAGUUUUAUUGCAGUCCCUGUCCAGUAUUAUUUAGUUAGUAAUUUGUGGGUAGUGGGACAAAACAUUGAACGUCUCUGUUUAAGGUACAAAAUAACCAUCAUUAAAGGUGUAAAGGAGUCGUUAAGAAAAUCCAUAAUACUACCCAUUUUGUGCACUGAUGUUUGAUGAGUGGUAUUAUGGGUAUGUAACAGCUCCCUUGAACAUCCACAGCCACGCUAUGCAAAAAUCACUGUCUUGUUUUCGUCUUAAAAAAAAAAAAAAAAAAAAAAAAAAAAAGACAGGAAAAGAAGUUCCGCUCUUUUUAGAAGAGAGCAGUGUUGCGUAAGGAAUGAGCUCAGAGCUUGUUUGGAUAUGCGAAAAACGAAAGUUGGAAGUGGGGCAUAAAUCAGUAGAGACGUGGGCGUUCUUUCUCAUUCCCUGUGGCUCAAUCCUCAGUCAAGCGUAAAGGAAACAGCUUCUCAAUUUUCUCAUAACAGAAUUAGUUUAUGUCCAAGUGCAAUAUGAUUGACUACUGAAGUAGAUGUCUUCUCAUGUUUAGUUAUGAUGGUAUUAUGGUAUUAGUUAGGAUUUUUUUUACAGGUCUCAUUGUAUACCGUAUAUAGACAGGGAUCCAAACCCCCUUAAACAUGUAUAACUGACCAAUGUAGUAUUCUCAUGCAUUCCUUUUCAUAUACUGUAUUACUUUGAGUAUCUAAUAAUAGAAAAGCGCAAUAUAAAAUCUAAUGCAUUAUUAUUA